UCCUAGAAGUACUGCAGUGGUUUUCGAGUGCACAGAUACAGGAUGUAUUUGCAAAGGGAUCGUCUUGCGUUUCUGAACAUUCUGCUGUCUACUGUAAUGAGUAGGCACAUUCUGUGGUCGACUGUACUUAUUUUAGCAAAGGCCGAUGGCCAAACUGCCGCACAGCAACGCUCACCGUCCAUUGGUGCCGUUAAUCAAUGUCUUGCCAGCGUCGUAACCGCGCUGGACGUCAUUGGCAAUCCUCGUAGCGAAGGCGAUAUCAGCGUCGAUAAGUUUACCCCGCAGCAACAACGAACUUACGAGGAACUUCAGGAACUUGCUGAUGUUUUGAGGACUGAAACCAGCGGCACCGAGAAGAAGAAGUCGUCAGUUGUGAAUGUGGUAGAAGACCUGAUGGCUUAUCGGCGGUGCAUCGUAGAAGGUGGCGAGUCUGCCCCGCCCCGCGUUGACGCUACUCCAGCGAUGGCGCCGUUCACUCCCGCGCAUUGUUCGGAGCGGCCGGAGAAGACAUCGGGCGUGUACACCAUCUACCCCAGCGGCGCUGCCGUCCAAGUUUACUGCGACCAGACGACGGACGGCGGCGGCUGGACGGUCUUCCUGCGGCGCCAGAAGCAGGAGCCUCAACUCAACUUCAGUCGAACCUUCAAGGAAUACGAAGAAGGAUUCGGCAGUCCCAGUGGCGAAUACUGGCUGGGCUUGGAAAACUUGCAUCUCCUGACGACCACGAAAACUCACGAGAUGCUGGCUGUGAUCGUCCGAGGAGUAAACCGCACCAGCAGCCGCUACCUGGACUUCAAAGUGGAAGGCGGUAAAAAUUACACACUGAGGGUCGGCGGCUACGACAACGUAAGCAGCUCUGCGGGCGACCCUCUCACCAACCACGACGGCAUGCAGUUCUCGACCAUCGAUCGUGAUCGUUUUCCAGGCGCCGUAAGCUGUUCAGAGAAGUACGGUGGCGGCGGCUGGUGGUACCACUUCUGCUAUGAUGCGAACCCUACAGGCGUGUACGGCGGCGACAAACCUGCCGAGGUGACCGGUGGAAAGUUCUUGGCCUGGAAUGUUGUCAACCAGACGCAAGUCACUCAACUCGCCCUCAUGGUCAGACCAAAGGAUUAAUAUGUACAAUAUGCUAGAUCAUGUAGAAUAUCCUCGAGGACAUGCAGGAAGUGCUCUAUAUGAUAUGUGAAGUCCUGUAGGGCAUGUAGGGUAUGCUCUAGGACAUGCAGGAAGUCCUGUAGGACAUGUAGGGCAUGCUCUAAGACAAGCAAAACAUGCUCCAGGUCAUCUAGGGCAUUUUCUGAGACAUGUAGGACAUGAUCUAGGAUAUCCAGUAAAUUCUCUAAGAUAGGUCAAACGUGCAUUAGGACUGCGGGAAACUCUCUUUAGGUAGAGAAAUACAUGCCCCGCACACGUAGGACAGGCUUGAUCAUAGACAUAUAGGACAUUUCUGAUAUGUUUUAGAAUAUGCAGGACGUUUAGAACGUUCUUUAUGACAUGUAGGACAUUUAGGACAUGCACUAGUACAUGCGGGACAUUUAGGCCAUGCUCUAGGACGUGUAGGAUAAGUUUAAGGGCAUGCUCUAGGACAGUGGUUCCCAAACUUUUGCAGGCUGGCGCCCCCUUGGCUCCCUAGUGAAUUCCUACCGCCCCCCAAAGACACAUAAUAAUCAGAGAAUCUGAAUAAAUACACCAGAAAAUACACAAAAGGAAUAUGAACUAGGAACACUGAACAGGUAAAGCGACCCUGGUCGCGGACAGAGUAAAAGUGGCCGACGGAGAUACGUGUCCGUAAAUUGCUUACUCCAGUAAGUGUUGCCAAAUGGGCAUUUCGAAGUACAUAAUCUCUAAAUUAAUUAGCUGCGGCUACAAGUUUGAUUGAGUGGUUCUAUUUUUCAAAUUAUGAAUCCUAAAUUGAUUAAGUGAAAUUGGAUCCAAGAAUGUAGGGCGCUCAGUGGUCACUCCGCAACCCAGGCUUGGGGUCAGGCUGCUCAUUGAAAUAUUGAGUUUUGGUGACGUCAUCGUGACGUCAUAGUGACGUAGAAAGGAUAGGUCGUCGGAGGUCUCGUGAACGUUAUUGCUUGAUACUGUAAAAUAAAUCAAUUUUAAUUAUAUAUUGUUGAAUAAUCAGUGCCAUCAAUGAACACUGCAAGGCAUUUUAUUGAAUUACAUCAAUUUGGGUUUAAAGGCCCAAUGUGGUUGACGCAGUUUGGAUGAAUUACUUUAUCAUAAAUGAGCAGAAAUUGCUUUGAAAGGUUGGAAAAUAGCAAGAAUAUGGGAAGGAUUUGAUGCUUUGUAAAGUGAGAAGAAUAGGUUUGAGAUUAGGUUUAACAGUUGCGCAAUUUUAGUAGGAAAAUGAACUACAA